UUUUCUUUUUAUUGUUGAAUAAUUAAUUAAAUUAUAAUUUUAUUACAGAUUUGUUUUAUUGGAAAGAACAAUGACCAAGUAUAGUACUGUUUCUGUUUUUCAUAAAUGUUGAAACAUAAAUUGAAAUAUUAUUAAGAUUGUGUGAAAUAUUCAAAAUGUCGCGUAUCUUAUUAAAAAUUAUUCUACUAUUUAUAUGUAUAUGAAUAGAAUAAUUUUUGCUAUUUGCACAUUAAAUAAUUAAAACAUAUAGAUAAUUGAAGUAUUUAUUUUAUACAUCUUGCAUUUUUUUGAUUAUAAAAUAAAAUAGAACAAAGUAAAUCAAAAAGUAAAUCAAGAAUAAUUACAUGCGUACAUGCAUGCGCGUGUGUAAUUUUUCUUGCUUAUUUUAUUUUCGAAGAAAAGAAUGAAAAAUAAAUACUUCAGUUCUCUAGGUAUAUGUUUUAAUUAUGAAAGUUAAUAUAAUAUAAUACAUUAAUAUAAUACACUAUAUAGCUAAUAAAAUACUACCUCUUAAUUUAUGUAGCAAUUAAUUUUAAUACUAUAUUAAAGUCUCAUUAAAUAUAAUCUUCGUAAAAUUUAAUGUUGAAAUCGAGAUCAUAGUCAUUCAUUUUCGUGCGUUAUCAGUUCAUUUAUCAUUAUUCAUCAUUAUGUUCGUCAGCUCAUUUAUCACUUAGUCGCUGAUGAAUCCGUUCUUUGAUACAUAUCUCGUAUUAUUAUCAGUAUUAAAAGAUGAGAUUAUACGUACUACUUAUGCCACUUCAUCCUAAAUUUUUCAUUUUAACAUUCCCUUAUCCAGCUUGUCCAAUGUUCGUGAUAAUCGGUCAAUCGAUUUAAAAAUUUCCGAGGUAAGGAUGAAAUUUACAAAGAACUGCCAUUCUUAUUUCGAUCUGUUUUGACAUAAUCUUUAUCCUUCCUUAGGCAUAAAACAAGGAUAGAACGACAAAGAGCGCGCUAACAUCUGUAGAAGCGCGUUCUGAAUGUGGGUCAUUUAAUCAUCUCAUCUUUACUGAAUUAUUUAAUUUCUCUCUUUCUCUCUCUCUUCAAGACUAUGAGAUUACAUGUAUAGGUGAACAUCUAUUUCAUAUCUAGUAACGUAAUUGGAGCAUCUACAUAAAUAUAUUACGUAUCUCUGCUGUUACAUAUAUAUGAUGUCUCUUAUGUCAGUGCAAGAAUUUGGAGAAAGUGUGUCCUUGAGUUCUCUACAAUAUCACACAUAUGUGGUGAGUUUAUAUAAAUGAACCAUAUUACGUAAGGAGACUAAUAUAAUAAAAUGGAUAUAUGUAUGUAGACACGGGAAUUAUAUUGUUCACCUUCUCUUAUUUGCGAAUUUGCAAUGAAUAUAUGUCAAUGCUAAAUAGGAGAAAGGAAAAUAAUUUCUUUAUUACAUUUACCUCAAAAAAACAAUUACUACUUAAGAAAUAAUUUUUUUCAGUAUUAAUUAUUAAUAUUAUUAGGUGCAAAAUGAGCGUUUGGAAGAGAGUUGAUAUAUUUGAUUUCUUUUUUAGACAAGAAAUCUGUCUUAUCCUUUAUAGUUUCGUCUGGCAGGUAUAACGCUAUUUGCGCUUUUUUUUUACAUCUGCGUUACAGGUAACAAAUGCUACUAGUAGAUGAUUUGGAAUCAAAAUGAGCGAAAUAUGCGCUUACUUCCGCCACAGAUUUGAGAUAACAAAUACGUAAUAACAAAUUUAAGAAUGCGAGUGUGUUUUACCGUUAUACGCAACUUUAUCACUAUGCUAAUUUGCUGGUCGUAUGUAAAUGUAGCCCCAUGAUCUAUUUGUUACUUAUCGCUGGACGUUGAUUUGCGCGUUAAGCAAUCGGAAAUCGUUGAAGGCAAUCGAAACAAGAGUGAAAAGCAAUUAUAACAGAUAAGCGUCGCACCCUCGACCUUCUCUAUCGAGUCAUUCUGUACCAAAUCUUAAUUUCGCGGGGACCACGCCCGGAAUUCGUCCAUGUCCCCCCUCGAGCGACUAUCCUACUUCUCCUUUGCACCUUCGUAUGCUCCUUUCUUAAUGAUUUCCCACAAAGAAGUUCCAUGUACGUUUCCCCUCUCCCAUCAGCCAUGCCCAAUCACCUCGAACAAGGUAGUGUGCCCAAAAUUCGAUUGAACCCCCUACAGUCUUGCUCGCAUAUAAAUAGUGGUCGACAGCUACCAUUUCGGCAGAACCAAGUAGUUGUUCCACUUCAGACAAGCAAAAUGGCAUUCAAGGUAAGCAAAGCAAAGCACGCCAACAUAGUCGCGAGAUUAUAUUGACACCUUAAUGUGCACUGAGUAACACACGAAUACAAAGAUUUCGCUUUCGACGUGUUAAGAAAAAGAUGUGGAAGAAUUACUCCGAUGGAAGAACUUGGUAAAAUCGACAUGUACUUAGCUGUAGAUAACCAGUACUAAGACAAAGUACUAAUUUCGAACAUCUCUCACUUUAAUCAAUUUGCAUAUCAUGUUAUACAUUUCAAUGUAUAUACAGAGUAAGACGGAUACCUAAUCAUGGAUAAAUAAAUUUUAAUAAUUUUAGUAUCCUGGAGACGAGCGGAUACUUUCAUUUAAAAAUUGCAUCUAUGAUCAAUUUACUAUAAUAUAGAUAUGUAUAUUUACUGGUAGAAUUAAUUCUCGUCUCACAGAACAACACAUUCAAUCGCGUUAACAUCGACACAUUACUGAUACUGAUGACAAGAUGCUUCUUGUGCAGUUCAUAGUACUCGCAGCCUUCGUGGCAGUGGCGAGCGCCGGUGGUCCGGCUGCCUAUGACAUCGGCACGCUGUCUGCCGAUCACAGUAGCAUCGGCUACAGCCAGGAGUCCACGCAGAAGGGCUACGCCGGCCAGAACGUCGUGUCCACGUACAGCAGGGCCGAGGACUCCGCGCACUCGUCCGUGCGUGUCAGCAACAGCCACGUGAGCAACGACGCUCUGCUGGAGCACCACGCAAUCGGCUACGCCGCUGCCGCGCCGGUCAUCACGAAGGCAUACGCCGCGCCGACCUUGGCCAAGCCCAUCAUCGCGGCACAACCCGUGAUCGCCAAAGCCGCUUACGCCGCUCACCCUGGCCCAGUGCUCGCCAAGACCGCCUAUGCCGCCGCACCCGCUUAUGGAUACGCGGCUGCCCCGGUUCUGGCCAAGACGACGUACGCCGCACCCGCUGCCUACGGCUACGCCGCACCCGCCGCCUACGGCUACGCCAGCCCGCUCCUCGCUAAGAGCUACGCCGCGCCGGCGGUUGUCGCCAAGACCGCCGCGUACACCACGUACGCCGCGCCGGCCACCCCCGUGAUCGCCAAGGCCACUUACGCCCCGUUUGCACCCGCGACCACCACCUACGCCGCUGCCGCUCCGCUCAUCACCAAGACGACCUAUGCCGCCGCUCCGAUCCUUGCCAAGACCGCGAUCGCUGCCGCACCGGCGUACACUACCUACGCCGCGCACCCCGCGCCGAUAGUCGCCAAGACCUACGCCGCCCCUUACUCGUACGAGACCGCCGCCCCCGUGGCGCACGCCACCUUCAGCGGCUUCGGCACCAGCUACGCCUGGUAAACCGAUCGUACGAUACGACCGGUACACGCGCGCUUCAUAUGCCGAGUACGCGUAUAAGCGGUUGACCACGUGACCACAAUUUCCGAGACUGCGAUCUCCUCGACGAUGUAUUUCCUUCGGUACAUGCGCAAGAUUCUCUCAUUACGUAGAAUGUGUACAUAAUAUAUAUUUAUACGUUUUUGUAUCGAUAUUUAUACCUCGCACUCUCGGUGCACGAAAAUAUUUUAUUUUAUAUACGGAACUCUUUCAGGAUAUAUGCAGUUUUGAGAUAUACAGUUUUUUUUUUUUACCGAAGACGUUUUGCAGAGAUUAGUAGCGAAUAGGAGUCUUAUUGUAUUAGAUACCAAUAAAGCGGACUUGUUAACAUGACGGGCAUGUCUA